AUGGGACUGUCGGAUGAACCGCGGGGUUUUUGUUCCACCCCCACCACCACCACAUUUCUGCUCCUGUUGCGCGUUACCGAGGCUGUUGUCGUGCAACUGUCGCAUCUCUUCGCCGCCUUGAUAGCGCCGAACUUGCCGUCUCCUGUCGCGCUGGCGGGACGCGGGGAGGAUGAACCCCACGGGGCCCCCGGCCACCUCGGGCCCCUCGGUCCUCACCCCGCGGCGGGGAGGCUGGGGAGGCUGGGCGGGUUCGGGCAGGCGGUGAUCGGGCCCCCGGGCUCGGGAAAGACCACGUACUGCGGCGCAGUGCAGAGGCUCCUGGCCACGGAGCUCGGCCGCCCCGUCGCCGUGAUCAACCUGGACCCGGCCAACGACAGCCUCCCCUACAGCUGCGCGGUGGACAUCUCGGAGCUGGUCACGCUGAGUGAUGUCAUGGACACCCUGAAGCUGGGGCCCAACGGAAGCCUCAUCUACUGCAUGGAGUACCUGGAGGCGAACGUGGACUGGCUCCAUGCCAAGCUAAAGGCUCUGUCUGGUCACUACCUGCUCUUCGACUGCCCGGGUCAGGUGGAGCUCUACUCUCACCACGGUGCCGUGCGCAACGUCCUCGGUACACUCGGCAAGUGGGAUCUGCGCCUGUGUGCCGUGCACCUGGUGGACUCGCACUACUGCAGCGAUCCGGGCAAGUUUGUGUCGGUGCUGUGCACGGCGCUGGCCGCCAUGCUGCACGUGGAGCUGCCGCACGUGAACGUCCUCUCCAAGGUGGAUCUCAUCGAGACGCAGGGCCCUCUGGCCUUUAACCUGGACUUCUACACGGAGGUGAUGGACAUGACCUACCUGCUGCAGUAUCUUGCUGACGAUCCGUUCUUCAGGAAGUACAAGAAACUCAACGAGGGGCUGAUAGAGAUGGUGGAGUCCUACAGCCUCGUGUCCUUCGUUCCUCUCAACGUUCAGGACGCAGAGAGCCUGCGGGCCGUGGUGCGCGCCGUGGACAAAGCCAACGGCUGCUGCUUCGGGGAGGGGGAGCGGAGGAGCAUUGGGGCCAUGAUGUCCACAGCCAUGGGCUCCGACUUCCACUUCCCUCAGACCCUGGGGGUGCAGGAGCGGUACGUGAAUCCGGUGGGGCUCUCCCUGCAGGAGGAGCUGGAGGAGCUGUGACGGGCCGUGUGCUGCCUCCCCCCCCGCCCCAACGGCACACCUGCUGCCCCGUGCUGCCCCGUGCUGCCCCGUGGUGCCCCGUGGUGCCC